AUUCUCCUCGCGGCAUCGAUAAGAGCCGCACGCGGGGCCUUUGCGCAAGAGGUUUUGCAACUCCUCCCCCCCCGCCCCCCCUCCUCCUCCGUCUGCGCGAUGCUGCGGGACGUGGGGGCCGUCACCGUCACCUGCCUGCAGCUCCUGCUGCUGGCGGGCGGCGCGCAGCCACGGCCCCGCGCGUGGGACGAGGACGGGCAGCAGCUGGAGGCCAUCAAACACGGCAUCCUGCGGCGGUUGGGCAUGGCCGGGCCCCCCCCGGUGCCGCACGCUCCGGACCCGGAGAGCAUCAGCCGAGCGCGGCGGCUGUACGAGCGGCGCGUGGCCGAACUGCGAGGGAACCGCAGCCGGGAACGGGAGGAGCGCGAGGGAGCGGCGGCCGCCACGCGUUGGCACCGCCUCACCGCCAUCCUGUGGCGCCUGCCAGACCCCCCCCGGCGAGAGCGGGACCCCCCCAGGGGGCAUGAACCACCCAGAGGACAGCGGGACCCCCAUGGAGAGCCGGACCCCGACGGUGACCAGCACUCCCACGGACAGCAGGACCCCGAAGGUCACCGGGACCCCCAUGGGCGCCAGGACCCCCCCGGGCCGUACCGUUACCUCCUGCUGGUGCCGCGCACGGGCGCUCUCCGCCAGCGGCUACAGAUGCUGCGGGCACAGCUGCAGCUCCCCCUGCACUCCCCACACCCAGCGCAGCUCCACGUCAGCAUUUACACCCCGGGGAGAUCCGGGGGGGCCCCACGGCUGCUGCACAGCCGGGAGUUGGACCCCCGCUCCCAACACCUGGACCUGACGGCGCCCAUCCGGCAUUGGGCCGCCGGGCACAGCGCCGCGCUGCGCUUGGAGUUGACCUUCAGCUCCAACGUGUCGGAUCCGUGGGAUGGCUUCGGAACCGGGAAGGCGGUUCUGGAGGUGGAAACGCGGGACAGAGCGGGGCGGGGGGCGAGGAGGCGGCGGGGGCUGGAAGAGGAGUGCGGGAAGAGCGAGGGGAAGUGCUGCAUGAGGGCGCUGAAGGUGUCCUUCCAGGAGAUCGGGUGGGACGAUUGGGUGCUGGCGCCGCGCAGCUACGACAUGCGCUUCUGCCAGGGCUCCUGCCCGCACAACUACCGCGCCGCCAGCAUGCACGCACAGAUCCAGGCCCGGGUGCACGCCCUGAGCCGCGCCGCCCCGGCGCCGUGCUGUGUGCCCGCCGAGUACGACCCCAUGGUGCUGAUGCACUACAAUGGGGAGGGCAGGUUGGUCAGCUCUGUCUUUGAGGAUAUGUUGGUCACCCGCUGUCACUGCGCCUGAGGGCACCGCCAGGUGGAGGGGUCCAUCGCCUCCGUCUGUAGGGAUCGGUCGCCUUUGGGUGCAGGGAUCCGUCACCACUGGGUACGGGGAGCUGGGUGUAGGGGUCUGUCAGCUCUGGAUAUAGGGUUCCAUCACCCCCACCAUAGGGUUCCUUUAUGUCCGGAUAUAGGAGUCCAUCACCUCUGGGUGUAGGGAUCUGUCACCUCCUGCUAUGGGGAUCCAUCACCUCCAGAUAUAGGAAUCCAUCGCCUUUGCAAAUACGGACCAGCACCUCUGGCCGAGGGGUCCAUCACCUCUGGAUAUAGGAACUCAUCACCUCCAUCUGUAGGGACCCUUCACCUCCAGAUACUGAGUCUGACCCCCUGCUGUAGCGCCCCCAUCCCAUCCCGGUGGCACCGACCCCAGGGACACGGACCCCACUGCCAUCACUCCGUGCCAUAACUUAUUCCCCUCCCCCCUAUUUAAAGCAUUGGUUCAGCAGGAGGAGCCCACCCCGCCGCCGCGCCGACUCCUCUCCGCACGAGCCUUUUUUAUACAGUCCUUUAUUUAUUACUCACUAUUUAUUGCAUUGUACGGCUUUGUUGGGAUUCUUUUUUUUUUCUUUUUGUAUAUUUAUAUAUUUCUACAAAUCAAAUGGAGAUGUAAAUGAAUAAAGUGAUGGGAACGCAA